CCUGCAGCAUGAACGACCUCAAGCCAGCUACGAAAUAUACAAGCACCUCGCUUCACGAAGCCGUCAAACUGCGACUGGACGAGCCGGGAGCCUUUUCGCAGACAGUCCAGCCUCAGACCAUUCCUCAGUUCUUUAAAGAAGCGUGUGAAAAUUAUGCCGAUCUGCCAGCCUUGGUGUGGGAAACCCCAGGAUCAGGAGUUGACGGUUGGACUACUCUGACCUAUGGGGAGUACCAGGAAAAAGUCGAGCAGGCUGCUCUGAUGCUGUUGAGUGUGGGAGUCGAGGAACGCAGUUCUGUUGGGAUCCUGGCCUUCAAUUGUCCUGAAUGGUUCUUGGCGGAGUUUGGCACCUUAAGAGCUGGAGCCGUUGUAGCUGGAAUUUACCCUAGUAACUCGGCUGAAGCGGUAUACCAUGUCUUAGCCACAGGAGAGUCCUCUAUUUGUAUUGUAGACGAUGCCCAGCAAAUGGCCAAGUUGAGGACGAUUAAAGAACGCUUGCCACGCCUUAAGGCCGUGAUCCAGUUGCAUGGACCAUUUGAAGCCUUCGUUGAUCAGGAACCCGGCUAUUACAGCUGGCAGAAGCUGCAGGAGCGAACCUUCUCCAACGAACUCAAAGAGGAACUAGUGGCCCGGGAGAGCAGGAUCCGUGCCAACGAGUGUGCCAUGUUGAUCUUUACUUCGGGUACAGUCGGAAUGCCCAAGGCCGUAAUGCUGUCCCAUGACAACAUAGUCUUCGAUACAAAAUCCGCGGCGCUUGGACUGAAGGAUGUGCAAAUUGGCAAAGAGAAUUUUGUGAGCUAUUUGCCACUGAGUCAUGUUGCUGCCCAGAUAUUCGACGUCUUUUUGGCUCUAACCCAUGCCGGAUGUGUUACAUUUGCGGACAAGGAUGCACUCAAGGGAACGCUGAUCAAGAGCUUUCGGAAGGCAAGGCCAACGAAAAUGUUCGGAGUUCCACGCGUCUUUGAGAAGCUUCAAGAACGACUGGUGGACGCGGAGGCCAAGGCGAAACCGUUCUCAAGACUACUCCUAUCUAGGGCUAGAGCUGCUGUGGCUGAACACCAGAUAACCCUGAUGGCGGGAAAAACCCCCUCUAUAUAUGGAAAUACGAAGUACUGGCUUGCUUCUCGCAUCAUAAAACCCAUUCGUGAGAUGAUGGGUUUGGACAACUGCCGGGUUUUUCUGACCGGAGGAGCACCCACUUCCCAUGAGAUGAAGGAGUUCUUCCUAGGUCUGGACAUUCCACUGGGCGAGUGCUAUGGAAUGUCCGAGAGUGGUGGUGCCAUUACCCUGAAUGUUGAUAUCAACAACUUAUACAGUGCUGGUCAAGCGUGCGAGGGACUAAGCCUAAAGAUCCGUGAGCCCGAUUGUAAUGGUCAAGGAGAGAUCCUGAUGCGAGGACGCAGCAUAUUCAUGGGUUAUUUGGGACUGCCUGAGAAGACUGAGGAAUCAGUCAAGGAGGAUGGCUGGCUGUAUUCGGGCGACUUGGGUUACAUUGAUCCCAAGGGAAACCUGAUAAUCUCAGGUCGUCUCAAGGAACUGAUCAUCACCGCCGGUGGAGAAAAUAUUCCCCCUGCCCACAUCGAAGAACUGAUCAAGAAUGAGCUUCCCUGCGUUAGCAAUGUACUGCUAAUCGGUGAUCAUCGCAAGUACCUCACAGUGCUGCUUUCCCUGAAGACAAAGUCCGACGGCAAGACGGGGAUUCCCUUGGAUGCCCUGCGGGAGGAGACGAUAGAAUGGCUGCAGAAUAUCGGUAUUCAUGAGACUCGUCUCUCCUCCCUUCUUAGCAUUCCUGCCGAUCUUCAACUUCCCAACGAUACAGCAGCUGUGGCAGCUGCCCUGGAGAUCACCGCAGAGCCCAAGCUCCUGGAAGCCAUCGAGGAGGGCAUUAAGCGAGCCAACAAGCAUGCCAUCUCAAAUGCCCAGAAAGUCCAGAAAUUCGCCUUCAUCCCCCAUGAGUUUUCUCUGGCCACCGGAGAACUUGGUCCCACAUUAAAAAUCAGGCGAAAUAUUGUCCAUGCCAAAUAUGCCAAAGUCAUAGAGCGGAUGUACAAGUAAAAGGAACAUUUCACGGAUUUCUUAGCCUAGGUUUAGUUUUUAUUACUCAAAGGUUAUAUUGUUAUCAUUUAAAACAAACAAUUCCCUUAGAAUUUAAGACACUUUGAACUGAAUAUAUUUGUUUUUUGAAA